AUGGAGGAUCUCAAUAUCUACAUCCUCACGUCAAACUGCGCAAGGACACUCAUAGAUGUCGACCUAUUUGCAGAUCACUUCUUCGACGCACUCUCCACAGAUGCCCGCGAAUCAGGUGCCCCAGAGCUAAUCGUGCUCUCCCUCCAAGAAGUCGCACCAAUCGCGUACUCAUUUCUAGGCGGUGCAUACUUGACACCCUACUUCGACGCAUUCGUGAAAACCGUCAAGAAAGCAACGACUCAGCUAUGGAAUGAAUCCUUCGUUAAUCUGGUUCGGGACCAUACCGGUAUGACGGGGUUGAUGGUCUUCGCGCGUGCAGAUAUCCUCGACAGAAUCCAAUGGAUAGAUACAGCCCAUGUUGGAUUUGGAGUUCAUGAAAUGGGUAACAAGGGCGCUGUUGGUGCGCGAUUGGGCUAUGUAACGAAGGGCGCUACUUCUAAGACGGUAGACCUGACCUUUGUCGCUGCGCAUCUGGCGCCGAUGGAGGAUGCGCUGGAGCAGCGGAAUCUGGACUGGAAAAGCAUUGUUGAGAGACUUGUUUUCUCUCAUAAGCAGAAUACACUUGGUUCCCUUCAAACCACUCCAGAUGAGAGAUCAGCACUACUAGCCGAUCAAGAUCACGAUCACAACUCAGCGCACUCAGACAAAAGCCACGAGGAUCUCUUCGCUCCAAACGCCUACCUCUUCCUAGCAGGAGAUCUAAACUACCGAACAUCAAACGUCAGCCCCACAAAGACGGAUAUCGCUCGCUUCCCCCGCUACGGUGUAUCUCCCGACGACCCGACCCAUUACUCCCACCUCCUAAAAGACGAUCAGCUAAUGCGCGAAAUGCGCGAGGGCCGCUGCUUCCACGGUUUAUCAGAAGCACCCAUCGACUUCCCUCCAACAUACAAAUAUUCCAGCGGAGCGCAGAAAGCCGCACAUCAUGCGCUUGUGAGCGGAGAACCGGAUACAGAAUGGAAAUGGUCCACACACCGCUGGCCAAGCUGGUGUGAUCGAAUUCUCUACCUAGAUCACCCUUCUGGCUCGGGUACUAAAGAGGACCUCCAUGUCAAACCGCAUGCAUACAAUGCACUUCCUCUUUUUCCACAUUCUGAUCAUAGACCUGUUGCACUGGCUGUUUCUGUUCCUCUUAGAGUGAAGGCCUCCGAUAACCCAUCACAGACAGAUCACAUGGUACCUGAGGCGCAACAAGCAGCUCCAUUUGCAAUCGAUCCCAGCUGGCGGUCUCGGAGAAAUGCCGCUCGACGGAAGGAGAUAGUCGUGGGGUUCCUGGCAUAUCUGAGCUUGACCUGGGAAGGAAAUGGGCUGCUUCUUGCAUCGUCGCUGGGUCUUGUGAGUGCGUGGAUUGCAUUACAGUCUUUGUGGGGUAUCUGA